GUGGCGCGUCACUUCCUGCCCGCGGCACCGGAAGUGGGGCCUGGCUGGAUUUUGGCGGCGACCGCGCCGACCGAAGGCUGAGGAAGAACCGGGCGAGGCGCCGACUGGAUCCACCCCUCCCCCUCUACUCAGUCUACAUUGAAGCAACAGCGCUAGAAGAGGACGCGAAGAUGAGCAGCUCGGAGGAAGUGUCCUGGAUCUCCUGGUUCUGUGGGCUGCGUGGCAACGAGUUCUUCUGCGAGGUUGAUGAAGAUUAUAUUCAGGACAAGUUCAACUUGACUGGGCUGAACGAGCAGGUGCCUCAUUAUCGUCAGGCCUUGGACAUGAUUCUUGACCUCGAGCCUGAUGAGGAGCUGGAGGAUAACCCCAACCAGAGCGACCUGAUCGAGCAGGCAGCCGAGAUGCUGUAUGGACUGAUCCACGCCCGUUACAUUCUCACCAACCGAGGGAUUGCCCAGAUGUUGGAGAAAUACCAGCAAGGGGACUUUGGCUACUGCCCUCGAGUGUACUGUGAGAACCAGCCUAUGCUUCCCAUUGGACUGUCCGACAUCCCUGGAGAGGCGAUGGUGAAGCUGUACUGCCCCAAGUGCAUGGACGUGUACACGCCAAAGUCAUCGCGGCACCACCACACGGACGGGGCCUACUUUGGCACGGGCUUCCCCCACAUGCUCUUCAUGGUGCACCCAGAGUACAGGCCCAAGCGGCCUGCCAACCAGUUUGUCCCAAGAACCGUGUGCGGAGUGAGUCUGACUGAGUUCUCACCAGCGAACACUGGUGUGGCGCAAGAGACUAGUGUCGCAGUGGGACAGUGGAAGCUGCUCCUCUAAAGGUUAGUCUUGAGG